UUCAGUUUGUUGUAGAUACAACUUCGAGAUGUUUCCUUUAAUCAUGUUCAUGUUCUUAGCUGCUUUUCAAUUACAAAGUUCUGAAUGUCUAGCAUUUGCAUGCAGUGAAAAGAGUAUCUUCAUACUCGCCGGCCAGAGCAACAUGGCUGGCAGAGGUGGUGUGGCAAAAGGGACUUGGGAUGGUUGUGUCCCUCGUGAAUGCCGUCCUGACCCAAGGAUUCUUCGACUUAACGCCAACCUGGUGUGGGAGGAGGCACGUGAACCUCUUCAUGCAGGCAUCGACACAAGUAAUCCUUGUGGGGUGGGGCCAGGAAUGUCAUUUGCGAACUUAGUGCUGGAAAGAGAUCCUUGCCUCGGGGUGAUCGGUUUAGUCCCCUGUGCUUUUGGUGGAACCAAUAUAACCAGGUGGAAACGAGGCUCCGAACUUUAUAAUCGGCUCUUGACGAGGGCUUAUGCAGCACUACAAGAUGGAGGAAAAAUUCGUGCAAUUCUGUGGUAUCAAGGCGAAAGUGAUUCCACAGAUGAAACAAGGGCUGAGAUGUAUAAGAUGAGGUUGAUAGAAUUUUUCCUUGACAUCCGGAGAGAUUUAGCUUCCCCAGCUCUCCCAAUUGUUCAGGUGGCAUUGGCUUCAGAUGUGGGACCCUACUUCGAGGUUGUAAGAGAGGCCCAACUACGGACCGAACUUCCAAAUGUGGUAUGUGUGGAUGCUAUGGGACUUGAGGUGAAGGAAAAUGAUACACUGCACCUUACCACUUCGGCCCAAGUCCAACUAGGAAAGAUGCUAGCUAAUGCCUUUCUUCGGAUUGGAAUUUAGAGGAUUGAUCAGGGCAUGAUUUAAAAGUUUUCAAUUUAUUUAAUUAUUACAAAGCAAUAAAGACAUGCGCGCGGCAGCAAAUUUCGACAA